AUACAGUACUACACACAGUACUACACACAUUACUACACACAGUACUACAUACAGUACUACACACAGUACUACAUACAGUACUACACACAGUACUGCAGUCUGACAGUGAACAGAUUUUAACCAGCAGGUCUGUUUCUGACAUCAAACACAUCAACUCUCUUCAUCUUCCAUCAGCUGUUUGUUCUGCACACAAAAUCUAAUCAGCUGUAUUGUUGAGCUGCUCUCACUGUUUACCGUUUACUGACUGUUUCCUGACUGUUUAAUGUUUACUAACUGUUUACCGUUUUCUGACUGUUUCCUGACUGUUUAAUGUUUACUAACUGUUUACCGUUUACUGACUGUUUCCUGACUGUCUACUGAUUGUUUACUAACUGUUUACCGUUUCCUGACUGUUUACUGUUUCCUGACUGUCUACUGAUUGUUUCCUGACUGUUUACCGUUUCCUGACUGUUUCCUGACUGUUUAAUGUUUACUGACUGUUUACUUUUUCGUGUUUCCUUAUUUUUACUGUUUACUGCCUGUUUACUGCCUGUUUACUGUUUACUGCUUACUGACUUUUGAUACAUUCAGAACAUUUUUCUGUCACUUUUAUUUGUCCAGUUUUGGUCACAUUUUCUGUCUCUGAUCAUUUAACAACUUUCUGACUGUUCAACUAGCUGGGCCCUCCAGCACACCCUCGUCCCCUUCUGCUUCCUCCUCCUCCUCCUCCUCCUCCUCCUCCUCCUCCUCCUUCCCUUAUGCUUCCUCCUCCUCCUCUAACUCCUCCUGUGGUCUUCAGACUCCAGAUGCAUUCUGACUGUGGGGCUCAAAGUGAACACAUCAUCACCACCACCAUCAUCAUCAUCAUCAUCAUCAACAAACAGAACAAACAUUAUCUCAGCAGCCAAUCACAGUCCGACAGGUGCUGCUCAGUGAGCAGGUGUUGGUUGCUGUGACGAUGGUCAGUGUCGUUCUGAGGAAGAUGGGAAAUGUUCCUGUGUCGACUCUGACUCGUCCGAGUGAAAUCCUGAAGGAGACAAAGAAGAUGAUCUACAGCAAACCCCCUCGCAACAAGAUCGGAGCCGCGCAAAGUUUCUUUGUCAUGUCUGUGUUUGCGGUGGCCAUGUUGACUCCAGCUGCCUGGAUCCUUCAUCACCUGCCAGAGUACCGCCAGAGAUCACGACAGAGUCCCAAGACCUGAACAUCUUCAUCUUCCACCCCAACAGCUGUUCACUGAUUAAUACAAAAUAUUAAAUUCUACACACAGUGAUCAGCGUAUCUGAAGAGUAUUUCAUAUGUAAUUAUCAAUAUUAAAUUUUACUCAAAACUGAAAUCAAUAAAUUCAAUGAUUUUAAAUUGAAAUCUGCAGUAUUUACAAAAUAAAAGUCUGAACACGUUUGACUUUUAAUGAAACUGAAGCUUCUUAUUUAUUAUGACAUCAUAAAUAUCUAUUAUGUAUACAUUUCAAAAUAAAAUGUCUGUCUCCA